AUGGCGGCCGCGAUGGUUAGAAGGUUGUCAGGGCUGCUGAGACCUCUAUCCCGCUCUGUAGGAACCAGUUCUCCUCAGAUCCGUCAGCUCUCCGGGUUCAACCGGGCUCAGCCUCUCUACAGAACAGUUACAGCCGCUGUCUGCGCUCCCGUCCGGGCUACUGCGGCUCAGACGCCCUGCUACACCCUCCUGCAGCGGGUUUCAGCUCUGGUUCCCAGCCUGACCUGGCAACCCUGCAGAAACCUGACAUAUUUCAGCAUGAAGAAAGGAAAGAGGAAAACAGUAAGCGCGGUGACCGACCGGUUUAUGCGGCUGCACUGUGGCCUUUGGAUCAGGCGGAAGGCUGGGUACAAGAAGAAGCUGUGGAAGAAGCUACCUGCCAGACGAAAGCGCUUGAGGGAAAUUGUUUUCUGUAACAAGACUCAAUGCAGACUCCUGGACAAAAUGACCUCUUCUUACUGGAAACGCAGAAACUGGUUCCUUAAUGAUCCGUAUCAGAAGUACCACGACCGUGUCAACCUCUGA